CCGGCGCGGCGCCCCCGCCCGGCGCUCCAGGUUCACUCUCGGUUUCUCACUCCGUGAGACACAGACGGCAGCUUUCUAAGCGAACCCGGCGCCAGCUGAAGCGGCGCCACCGCAACUGCCACCGCCAGGACAAGCCCUAGGCACUGGGAGAGAAGACGAAACCCGGCAGUCCCAUUCCUCUCUCGGCACGGUCCUCGCAGUGGAGCCGGCAGCUCCGGGUCCCCGCCGACCUCCUUUGCAGCCACUUGGAGGGGUGUGCCAGGACUUGGGUCUCAGCUUGUGAAGAGCCCGGGCGGGAGGCGGCAGCGGCCCGGAGCGAGAUUGUACAGCCAGGACUGGGUAGCAACCCGAGAGCACUGCGUUGGGAGGAGGCGGCUGGAGCCCGCGGGUGUCUCCCGCUUUAUCGCUUCGCAAGCGGCACCGCCUCCCCGGGCCGGGGCCGCUCGGCCGGGUCCUCUGCGUGUUCCCGGGCCCGGAGCCCGCGCACUAUGUGCGGGGCAGCGUUCUGAUAGCAGCCCGCCUCCGCCUCCGCCGCGAUGAUCCCUCCUGAGCCUCCACAGCCCCAGCUGCAGCCACCACCGCCACCGGCCCCACCGAACCAUGUGGUGACCACCAUCGAGAACCUGCCGGCUGAGGGCAGCGGUGGCGUGAGCCUGUCCGCCUCCUCUCGGGCUGGCAUGCGCCAGAGGAUCCGCAAAGUGCUGAACAGGGAGAUGUUAAUCUCUGUGGCUUUGGGCCAAGUGUUAUCCCUUCUUGUUUGUGGAAUUGGCUUGACCAGUAAGUACCUGGCAGAAGAUUUUCAUGCGAACACACCAGUCUUCCAGAGCUUUCUGAACUACAUUCUCCUCUUCUUGGUAUAUACCACCACCCUCGCUGUCCGACAAGGAGAAGAAAACCUUCUGGCAAUUUUACGACGAAGAUGGUGGAAGUAUAUGAUCCUUGGACUCAUAGACUUAGAAGCUAAUUACCUGGUAGUCAAGGCUUACCAGUACACAACUCUGACCAGUGUCCAGCUCCUGGACUGUUUUGUGAUCCCGGUGGUGAUUUUGCUCUCCUGGUUCUUCCUGCUGAUCCGGUACAAGGCUGUGCAUUUCAUCGGCAUCGUGGUCUGCAUCCUGGGCAUGGGCUGCAUGGUGGGAGCGGAUGUGCUUGUGGGAAGGCACCAGGGAGCAGGGGAAAAUAAGCUAGUAGGGGACCUUCUGGUCUUAGGAGGAGCCACACUGUAUGGGAUCUCAAACGUCUGGGAAGAAUCCAUCAUCCGAACUCUGAGCCGUGUGGAGUUCCUGGGAAUGAUUGGUCUCUUUGGUGCAUUUUUCAGUGGAAUUCAAUUGGCCAUCAUGGAACACAAAGAGCUAUUAAAGGUACCCUGGGAUUGGCAAAUAGGGCUGCUCUAUGUUGGCUUCAGUGCCUGCAUGUUUGGUCUCUACAGCUUUAUGCCAGUCGUCAUAAAGAAAACGAGUGCCACCUCUGUCAACCUGUCUCUGCUCACAGCAGAUCUGUACAGCCUGUUCUGUGGACUGUUUCUCUUCAACUACAAGUUUUCAGGUCUUUACCUCCUGUCUUUCUUCACCAUCCUCAUCGGGCUGGUGCUGUAUUCCUCCACCUCUACAUACAUAGCCCAGGAUCCCCGAGUAUACAAGCAGUUCCGUAAUCCUUCAGGACCUGUCGUGGACUUACCCAGCACUGCUCAGGUAGAGCCUUCAGUCACCUACACCAGCCUGGGCCAGGAGACAGAAGAAGAGCCCCAUGUACGUGUGGCCUAGGGGGAGACCUGCCCUGCCCACUGAGGACAACUCAGAGGCCGUGUGUUUGCCCAUCAUCUCUGUAUUGUACAUAGAGAAAGGUAUUUAGUAGGUGCAGUUUCACAGGUGGACCGCAAGGUAGCUUAUCCUCCUUUCAUCAAACGAAGAAGCUGGAGACCACUGGAGACACAGGCUUCAAUCCACCUGACUCAGAGAGAGGCUUUGAUAGUGUGUAUCCUGACCCAGCCCGCACCCCUCCAUUGAUUACUGUGAAAAUUUUUGAAUCAAAAACAAGUAUCAUUGUUACUAUGAUCUUUAUUAUUAAUUGUUACUGUUAUUACACCGACUUUCAGAAGGUUUUUUAUUCCUGAUGGGAAUUAUUGCCAGACCCCCACCUACACAACAUAAAUCCCACUUUUCUAUGGCAAGUCACUUUUUAAGAAUCAUACUUUUUGUUUGUUUGCUUGUUUGUUUGUUUGUUUGUUUUGCACAGACUAUAUGAGUGAUGCAUGCCACAGAAGCUUGCCCAUCCUGGUGACCUUGUGGCUAAUGGUUUCCUCUGUUACCUGUUGGAUUGCCUGUUCGAUAAGGAUUUUGUGCUGUGACCCUUAUGGGGAGGGGAAACUAACCAUAUAAUUCUCUAUUCUAGGAAUAGAUAUAAAACAAACAGUUUAGCCAUUUUAUAUUUCAUUUUCUGCUUAUUUCAGGCCACUGACUUUCUGAUGGCCCAGGAGAUUCAUCUAAUCAAGCCCUGUGACUACAUGAUAGGGACUGUCCCAUUUUUGUGGCUUAAAGAAACCCUAGAAAUAUGGGUUAUAUUUAAGGUUAUAUGUUUUUGAUUUCUUUUUCUGCCUUUACCUAUAUUGCUCUCCUCUAAAAUUGUUUUUAUUUUCAUUUUUUUAAUGGUGUCAUGGAAAUUAAUCAAGACACUGGAAAAGCCAUGGCCUCCACUCUCUUAGUUACAUAGUACCUUUCUGGAAGCAUGCCAACAUGGAAAUUAUCUGUAUUGUGGAGCCGCACUAUUCAUGCCACCUCUUAUAGUCAAGGUACUAGUGUGGAGAAAUCUCUGUUAGUAGCUCAUGCUCUGGUCACUUAGUGAUAAAAAUGUCACCAUUGAAAAGUCUGGCAGUUAGAUCACACUCAGUACUCACCACCUAAUAGAAUAUAAGGAAAAGCAACUACCCACAAAGAAUGCUACAGCAUCCCAAUAAAACUAGAUAUAUUGCUAGUUUAUUCAGUUCCGUUGUCUUCAAGAAUGUCACACAAACACAGAGAGAGCUCCAAACACAUAAAAUUAAGAAACACCACAGACUUUUAUGAUGUAGAAAAAAUUUCAUGUGUCAGCAUGGAAGUUCUCUGUAGCUUGGCUGACUUCAAUAUCAUUCAAAUGGAUCCUUGAUGGAGUUACAGGGUUUGUAUAAAUGUUUAUGUAAUUUCAGGCGAUUCAAGUCAACAUAUUUUAAGCAAGCAAGCAAAACAAAACACUUGUAGGGUGUGGGGAGUCUCACAAAGACCAGAUUGCAAAGUAGGACCCCAGCAAGUCCUAAGCAUAGCAGACAGAAGGUCUCAGGCUGUCUACUAGCAGGCCUUUGUCCUUGUUGCCUGCCUUCUUCUGGGAGGAGUCACAUGAUCUAUUUUGAUAAGUCUCAUGAGAACAACACAUACACAAAAUAAGUAAUGUGCUUGAACACUGUAACUCAGUUUUAAAUUUUUUCCCGUUGAAAAAUAUAACUUCUCCCUCUAAAGUAUUAUUUAGUCUUGACCUAGGAAAUAGAAAAUAAAACUGUUUCCUGAUGUGUAGAUUUCACAUCAGUUAAACCCCUUUGGAAAUAGGUUUUCUUUAUUAGGGUGGGGUAGACGGGGGCAAGAAAGGUUUGUGCUAAAGCCACAUAUCACAUCAUAAUAACCUUGCCAACAUCUGCUCUCUGCUACCUUUUAAGCCAAUUAAAUACCUUUCUCUGAAUAUUUUGUCCAUUCAGAUCCGAAGACCUUUAAUGACUGUGGUUUUAUUUUUAUGUUUACAUUCCUUUGGUUUGCAUAAUUUACUUGAUUUAUUGCAUUUUUAGUAUUUAUUUUAAGCCAAAUGUCUGUGUCUUUUUUAUUCAUUUUUAUGACACUAAUUUGUAGACACUGUAAUCUCUAAUGAGAAACAAGUGGUUGAAAUUAUUUCCAAGUCCAUUCAGUAGGCUGGGAAUAGUUUUAAAGUUACAUUUGAAAAAGCUUGCAAUUAGUUGAUGGCUGAAGGUGGCCGUCUGGACCAUUUUAUAGGAUGUUUUAAUUGACUCCAUUGUAUGGAAACCAAGUGUGAAUAUCAGGAUGAACUCACUGUACAUUUUUUGUUAUCGAAUGUCUUUGUGAUCAGACAUUAGUGCACCUGUGUUGGUUUAUCUCCAUUCAUAAAGCUAGUAACGUUGGCUCAUCCAAGACUAGGAGUUUAGGAUUGACCCUUAAGGGAAAAAGACAAAAAGUUGCAAAGAACAAUGUUUUCAGGCUGAAAGCAUUGGUGGUUUGAGAGUGGGCGGGAAGUGGGAAUAGGGUAAUAUUAACUGUAGCUGUUUUAGUUUCUGAGAUUCUGUAACGUCAGUAGACACCAGCAAGAAUUUUGGCAUUUUAAUCUACCACUCUUCUCACCUCAAUCAAUGAGAACAGUCUUCUGUAUGAAGCUGAUGAGAAGCAAACCAUAGCUCUCUUAAACCCUACCAGAGAUGAGUGGUGGUUUUCACUUUCUCUAUGGAGACUUGCACUGGGGACAGAGCUUGCCUUGGUCACACCUCCUCAUGCCUUCAAACACAUAUCCAGGUAGACCAAGACAUGGACAACUUCACACUACUGUGUCCCAUGAAAAUAUUUCAAUGUUUAGUUUAGGUAUUGCUAACUUGUGCUAUUAACCUUCUGACAAGCUUGUAGUAUUGUUUGUUUGGCAUUUAUUUUUGAUUUGUAACCAUUUAGUAGUCCCCAGCUAGCUAUCAGUGCAGAUUUUACCCCAUGGGUAGGAGUCUAUCUUCACACCACAUAAUGAAGCACACUAAUCCUGAUACCACAAUGGAA